AAGCAGUGACAUGCUGAGUGCGAUGGUACUAAAAGCACAAGCAUCUGUAACUCAGAGUGAUGUGGCUUGUAACAUCUGAGGAGGAACUUAAGAAGCAAAAGAAAAUAGGAGAGUUCCUGCUCAUCUUCCUUUUGUGUUGAACACAGGUUUUUUGGCUUUCCGUGUCUACCAAACUCCUCAAACUUGAAGAUACACAGGUAAGCAUAUACUUGAGAGUAAAAGAAGAAAAAACAUGUUAUAAAGAAAUAUAAGAUUUGGUUUGCACAUACUAUCUACUGUGAAGGGUAUCCGUUGGAAUUCACAACGCACAAUGGACUGUUGCUCACUGCUAGCCUUUAUGUUGGGAUUUCUUCUCCAAUCACCUUCUGUUCCAGUAACAGGAAACCCCGUGAUAUGUAAACUCAAGCAGCUAGCAGGCCCUCAUGUGAGAGAGAAACGUGGCUGGAUUUGGAGCCGCUUUUCUGUACCAGAAGAAUUGAAUACCAGUAGAUAUCAUAUUGGCCAGCUCCGAUCUGACUUAGACAAUGGAAACAGCUCCUUCCUAUAUAAGCUUUUAGGGACUGGAGUUGGCAGUAUUUUUGACAUUGAUAACAGAACAGGAGACAUAUAUGCCUUAAAGAAGCUUGAUCGAGAAGAACAAUCUCUCUAUACUCUAAGAGCCCAAGUAAUAGACAUCAACACCGGAAAGGCUGUGGAACCUGAGUCCGAGUUUGUCAUCAGAGUUUCAGAUGUCAAUGACAAUGAACCCAAAUUCCUUCAUGAACCGUAUGAGGCCAUCGUACCUGAGAUGUCUCCAGAAGGAACAUUUGUCAUUCGAGUGACAGCAAGUGAUGCUGAUGACCCUUCUAGUGGUAAUCAUGCCCGACUCUUAUACAGCUUAUUGCAGGGCCAACCGUAUGUCUCCAUUGAACCAACAACAGGAGUCAUAAGGAUAUCUUCUAGAAUGGAUAGAGAACUGCAAGAUAAAUAUCUGGUCAUUGUCCAAGCCAAAGACAUGAUUGGUCUGCCUGGAGCACUGUCUGGAACAACAAGUGUUGUUGUUAAGCUCUCUGAUGUUAAUGACAAUAAGCCUUUAUUUAAAGAAAGCCUAUACCGCCUGACUGUUUCUGAGUUAGCGCGCCCUGGAACUGCUAUAGGAAGAAUCAUGGCACAGGAUAAUGACAUAGGGGAGAAUGCAGAAAUGGAUUACAGUAUUGAGGAUGAUUCACAGACAUUUGACAUCAUUACAGAUAAUGAGACCCAGGAAGGCAUUGUUAUUUUAAAAAAGAAAGUGGAUUAUGAACAUCAGAAGCACUAUCGUAUCCAAGCCAAAGUGGAAAACCGCCAUGUGGGUGAGCAGUUCAUGCAGUAUCAUGCUGGAGCCGCCACCACUAUCAUUAAGGUCCAGGUGGAGGAUGAGGAUGAGCCCCCCGUUUUCCUCCUCCCAUAUUACAACUUUGAAAUCCUGGAAGGGAGCUCCCAUGGGUCAGUGGUGGGCACUGUGUCAGCCAUAGAUCUUGAUCAGAAGAAAUCGCCCAUCAGGUAUUCUGUUAUCAGAAGCAAGAUGUUCAGCAUUGAUGACAAUGGCACAAUCAUCACAACUAGUCCCCUUGACCGAGAGACUAUUGAUUGGUACAACUUCAGUGUUUCAGCCACAGAAAAAUACAAUGUACAACAGGUAUCUACAGUUCCUGUGUAUGUGCAAGUUCUUGAUAUCAAUGAUAAUGCUCCCAGGCUUGCUACAAACAAUAUGAUGUAUGUUUGUGAGAACGCAAGGUAUGGUGAGGUAAUUCAGAACAUCAGUGCAGAAGAUAAAGACAGACCCAAUGAAGGACAGCAUUUAUACUUUAACCUGUCUGUUGAAGACACAAAUAACUCAAGCUUUAUAAUCGUAGAUAAUCAAGAUAACACAGCUGUAAUUUUGACUAAUAGAACUGGUUUUAGCCUUCAAGAAGAGCCUGUCUUCUACAUUUCCAUCUUGAUUGCUGACAAUGGAAUCCCAUCUCUUACAAGUACAAAUACCCUCACUAUAAUAGUUUGUGAUUGUGGGAACAGUAACAAUACACAAUCCUGCAGCAAUAAGGAAAUGAUUCUUUCCAUGGCAUUUGGAAUAGAACUCGUCAUUUUUCUUCUAAUAUGCAUUGUGAUAAUAUUUGGAUUUGUGUUUUUGGUUCUGGGUCUGAGACAACGAAGAAAGCAGACUCUCUUUCCUGUGAAAGGUGAAGAUCUGGGGGAGAAUAUAUUCAGCUAUGAUGAUGAAGGGGGCGGAGAGGAAGACACAGAGGCCUUUGACAUUGUAGAGCUUAGAAGCCCCGCGGUGAUGAGGGAAUGCAAGUCCAGGAGGAACACCACCCAGGAAAUCAGGAGCCUGUAUAGACAGUCUCUGCAGGUGGGCCCCGACAGCGCCAUUUUCCGGAAAUUCAUCUUGGAAAAGCUGGAAGAAGCUGACACUGACCCCUGUGCCCCACCCUAUGACUCCCUCCAGACCUAUGCCUUUGAGGGGACAGGGUCUUUAGCGGGGUCUCUGAGCUCUCUGGGCUCCACAGUCUCUGACCAGGAGGAAAAUUAUAAUUACCUUAAUGACUUAGGACCUCGCUUCAAAAGACUAGCGUGCAUGUUUGGUUCUGCUGUGCAGGCAAAUAAUUACUAAAAUAUAAUAAUGAAUAAUAAUAAAGUAAUUACAUACAUAUUUUGGGAAAACUGGCGGGCGGUUGGUGAAAAGUUAACCUUUUCAGCACCCUAAAAGAAAGACAAUGAUUGCUAAUUAUCUGACUUCUUUAAGUGAUGCACACCAGUUAAUUGUAGCACAUCACUGAACUAUUUAUUCCAAGGGCUUUUUUAUAUAUUACACAAUGCAAAUUUGCAGACACUUUGAAUGUUUAACAGAAGGCCCUGCGUUAGAGCAUCUUAAUAUUAUUUUGUUUAUUUUGCUAAUAUUAGGAGGUAAGGGCAUUUAUAAAGAUGAAUACAUGAACGAAUCUGGUCGGUUGUGGGUAACUUUUAUUAACCGUUUCAUUUAUAGGGAGAAAAGCAAACUUUUGACAGAGACUAUAUGCUUUUUUAUAGUUUGAUAAUUUAAAAUCAUCAUCAAGACCUCAUUUUGAAAUUGUUUUCAUAUUUAGAUAGAUUAUUUGUGUCAAAGAAAGAGAGAAUAUAAAGUUGUAUUGUUUUUUGAUAUUGCAACUCUGUAAAAAAGGGAUAUAAAUAAGUUUAGGAGUGUUUCAUAAAUUAUUUUCAUAUGUAACAAAAAUAUAUAUUUUAUCGUGUUAUAAUAAGAUGGCAAAGUAAAUAUAUUCAUAUUUACUCAUUAUAUUUGGAGUUUUUGAAAAUGUUUGAAAGUGGAAAAAAUUAAAGUAAACUUAACUGCUAGUAAAACUGAUAGAGAUAAAUGAAAGGAAUACUGAAUUCAAACUGGAAGAAAUAUCCAUUCUAGAUAAUAUUAUCAGCUGCACUGACUUAUCCCAUGCAUAGAAUAAAACAUGAUAAAAUGCACAAAAUUUCCUCUUUUAUUAAGAACUUAGAAUGGAACUGAUUCCUAAGUGUCAUUUUUAUGAUGAAUAUAAAAUUAGGUGCAAUAACUACUUUUAUGGUCAUACUAUAAAGUAUGUAUGCUAAACUCCUGAAACAUAAAAGUUUAUGGUAACAUUAGAUAAUAAAACCUUCUAAUUAACCUUUUUUUAAGAAUGGUCCUUAUAAUAUGGAAAUUGAGGUGAAAUUUAGAAUGUCAAAGUUUGAAUAGGAAGAGUGAAUACAGUGUCCUCCAAAUUGGCUUACAUAUUAAUUUUAUUGUAGCAUAUGAAACUGGGAUUGUAGGUUCCCGCCUACCUUUGCAUCAAUUAUUUUAAAUAAUUUUGGGGAUACACGUAAGAGUAAUUGAGUGAAUUGAGUUUUUUGUUUCUUCCUUUAGUACUAUGAAGCAUAAACUUCCAAGCCACAAUACAGGAAAAAAUAUCGCAUCAAUUUAUCAGUCAGGUACCAUCAUACCUGUGACAUAAACAUCAUCACUUAGCAAAAAAAAAAAAGUUGAAAAUCAAUCGAGAAAAUGUUAGAAGUAGAGGAUUUAAACUCCUACAAAUCCUUAUGUACUAAUACCAUUACUUAUUUAGGGAAAUGUAAGAAUACCAAAGAAAACCAAUUGAAGGGAACCAAACCUUGCAAGCAAAAUAAAAAAUACCUGCAUUGAGAGAACAUUUACAAUCCCAUCACAGUGGCAUAAAAUUGAAAACUAUAGUUUUUUUUUUUUAAUUUAUAAAGAGGAAACACCGACAAAACCAUAGGAUAAGAGGGGUACUAUAGUUUUAGAAAAUUUCUUGAAAUAUUACUUCCUGUGUCAAAAAAAAAAAAAGUAGUGCUCUAUAAUCUUGGGUAAGAACUGGAAAGUAGGAGCCAGGUGGUGGCGGCGCACCUGGUUAAGUGCACACAUUACAGUGGACAAGGAUGCAGGUUCAAGCCUCUGGCCCCCACCUGCAAUGGGAAAGCUUCAUAAGUGGUGGAAUAGGGCUA